UGCAUAAAUAACCACACCGUUGACUCAGCAAAGUAUCAUGUACGUUCCAUCAACUACACCAACUACACGAUUUGGGUUGCUGACAUCAGGCUGCAAAGGGGUAAUUGCUCAUCUCUUCCUCUACGCUCUUUGUCGUGCCUCAGCUUCAUGCUCCAAUCGAAUUCAUAUGAAUGCGGGGCAUACGAGUUCUAUGGUCGAGAGUUAUCCAAGUCUGUUUCAAUCGUGAACUGCCAAAAGGCUGUUGCUUCUCAAUUUUACCUUGAUGUUCCGCCCUGCCUUGAUGGGGUUGAAUUAUCGAAUUUUUCUAGUACAAGAGGGUGAUUGUACGCCAUGGUCGAUGCGAAUGUCUCAAACAUGGAAAUCGCAUGCACUAUAGAGCUUAUGGCAAUGAUACCUGGGUGGGUUGAUGGCGAUGAGCUUCGUUCCUAUGCCCAAAUCCACGAACAGAUGGUUUAUGGAUUUGAACUUUCAUGGCUUCCAAUUGCCGCUGAGAUGCAUUGCAAACAUCAUUAUUAUUGGUACAUCAGCAGCAAGCACAAGCACCAAAUUCGGUGUGGACCCAAAAGAAAUAUUUUCGUCGCUGUCCUCUGGUGUAUCUACUGGUUUGGUGUGCUCCUUACGAACUAUGGCAUCGUGGGAUUCGUGGUUGUGAAAUUCAUCUUGGGAGCUCCAUGUGUGAUGAUCUUGCUUAUCCGCAAAUGGAGGAGAAGACACUUAGCAAUGGAUCAAAAUAUUGAAGAAUUUUUGCAAUCUAACAACAACUUCUUACCAAUAAGGUACUCUUACUUAAACAUUAAGAAAAUCACAAACGGCCUCAAGGACAAAUUAGGCGAGGGAGGGUAUGGUUCCAUGUUUAAAGGAAGACUCCGUAGUGGCCACGAGGCAGCGGUAAAGAUUCUAAAGAAGGGGAAAGCAAAUGGGCAAGACUUCAUGAGCGAAGUAGCUACCAUAGGAAGAAUUUAUCAUGUUAAUGUGGUUGGACUGAUUGGUUUUUGCUUUGAGGGCUCAAAACAAGCACUUGUCUACGAUUUCAUACUCAAUGGAUCUCUGGAUAAGCACAUUUUCUCACAAGGUCAAGGGAUUUCUCUUGAUUGUAAGGAAGUGUACAAGAUUGCUCUUGGAAUGGCUAGAGGGAUUGGGUAUCUUCAUCGAGGAUGCGAUGUGCAAAUUCUACACUUUGAUAUUAAGCCUCAUAAUAUUCUUUUGGACAAGGAUUUCACCCCAAAAGUUUCCGACUUUGGGCUCGCGAGACUGUACCCCACCAAUUACAACAUUGUGUCUCUGACUACCGCAAGAGGGACCCUCAGGUACAUGGCUUCAGAGCUUGUCUUCAAGAACCUUGAUGGCGUCUCUUACAAAGUCGAUGUCUAUAGUUUCGGAAAAUUAUUGAUGGAAAUGGCUAGUAGGAGGAAGAAUGGGGACAUGAUGUCAAAGUAUUCUAGUCAGAUUUAUUUUCCUUUGUGGGUUCAUAAUCAACUUAGCGAAGGACUAGAAUUUCCAACGGAAGAAGUUAGUGAGGAGGAGAGGAGAACAAUAAAGAAGAUGAUAAUAGUUGGUCUUUGGUGCAUACAAUGGAAUCCUAGCGACCGCCCUUCGAUGCGCAAAGUCUUAGAAAUGCUCGAAGGAGAAAUAGAUAGUUUACAAAUAUCUCCCAAGACACUCUUUUAUCCAACAGAACUGUCAAGACCAAAUGAUGGAACUUUGACUAACGAAGGCAAUUAUACUAUGGCCAGUCCAUCAACUAGUGCAAUAAGUUGCGAAAGUUCUCCUCUUGAGUAUACUAGUACUGAUAUUAUACAAGUAUAGAGAUGUAUCAAAAUCAUUUGAUCCCGUCACGUAUGUGGCAAAUUGAAACAUGGUAUUGAUGUUUCAUGUGUAGCUCCCCUUUCUUGGCCAUCAUCAUACUGUAGAUGUUUAUGACUAUAUUUAUGGAUCUUAAUUAGGCCGGAUUUAUCCUUUAGCAAAUCAUAUUAAAAAUGUCAUUGGCUGUAA